AGCUGUGUUUCCUGUUGAACGCGACUCCCUUGGGGUUGUCCGUGAUGAAGCCAUGCUUUAUUAACUGUCCCCGCCAGUGUUGGCUCCUCGUAUUUUAUUCUUCGUUUCCAUUCUGUUAGGUACGAAUACCGAUGCAAGCCCGAAACUUGCAAUUUACGAUCGCUGAUGCUCAUUCUUUCGUUGCACCCAACUUUCAGCCUGACCUGACCCACGAUCUGGUCCAGCUCCAGAGAUCUCCCGCCAAGACUCCCAGGACCAGGCCAGCCAACAGGGAGUCGCGCCAUCUGGGGCCAUCUGGAGCCUUUGACAGCACGCCCCUGUCCAGCUGCUAAGUGCUAACUAUGUCUGCGACGACGACCACCAACACCAGCCUGAGGCCAGCUAUCCCAACAAGAAGAGCUGGCCAACGGAACAGACACGGGACAGGGAAGCGUGCAGUGAAUUUCGAUGGAUCGCCGCAGGUCGGUGACACCGGCAGAGGCCAACUCAAGACCAGCCCGUCAUUUUCCCCUGCAUACUUGCUUGCAGCGCUGGAGUGGGCCGAGGAUAGUGAAAAUAGGAACAUCGACAGGCCCAGCAAAGACGCCCCCAACAGGGGACGGGGUGGGGAGGAGCGCAAACCCCUUGUGCCGUCGUCGGCGCAUAAAACGGCUUCGAACCUCAGAUUGCGGCCAGGACGCAGAAACGAUGACGUGAAAAAGCUCGCAAAAAUUAGGCCGCGGCCCUCUACGCCGCGCCUGGACUUAUUACCCGAGAAGCUUGUCUUUCGGUCCCGCAAAACCCCAGUGUCGUUCCUUCCGCCCCCCUCUUCCGCAUCGCCUGAUACGGCAGUCGCGCACAAGCCUGGGUUCAGCAAUAAGUUCCCUUCAUCGCCGCCCAUUAGUCCUGGCUCCCCACUCCAGAAUCGCAAACACCACCACCAUCGGUAUCAGCAACGACCAGGGACAAGCAACGACGUCGGCCGCCGGCCUUGGUACCACGGCCCAGAACAGGCCUCAUUCUCGGCCGACAACGUGGCACAGGUAACAACCGAAACCGACAGGAUCACUCUGGCCGGACCGCCGACUGGGGGCGAAAGGUCCGACGGCAAACACGCCGUGUCUCAGACAAUGCAGCCUUCCGCGGUGCCGCCGCCAUUGACCAUGUCUUCAAGCCCACCGCGCCAGCCACAAGGCCCGGUGCGUGAGGCGUUUGCUUUCCUCUCUCGAGGGCGCAAGAAGAGCCACACCAGCGACUCGCCCCGUGCAACUCUCACAAAACGUUCUCGCACGCUGCCCACCUCGCCGACGUCGACGUCGGCAGAAACACAACCCAAUUCGAUCGAUUCCCCCCAGUCUCCUGGCAUCAACUCCAGCCCAAACAUGGCGCACUUCCCCACCGCGGGAGAGAAUCCUACGGGGAAGUCCGUUGGAGUGCGGUGCAAAGGCACUACGGUGACGGUUCAGGUCACGAAAGAGACAUCUGCAAGUGAUCUGUUGGCGGACUGCAGCCAGUCAUUGGCCAAGCUUGGGCAGCCAAUCAACCCAGACACCAGCGUUGUCAUUGAGCCGUGCAGCCGCCCCGGGCUCGAGAGGAGGCUUCGGCAGUAUGAACUGGUUUGGGACGUCAUCAGUGCUUGGGACCACGACUCGUCCAACGCCCUGAUCGUUCACUCGGACACCGCCGACCCCGACAAGGAACUAAGCCUUUCCAGCGUGCCCAAAUCAUCGGAGGAGCCGGAGGGCUUUGUCCUCCCUCUCCACUUCCUCCUCCGACCGGGGAAAUGGGCGCAACGCUACAUUACGCUGAAAGAGAAUGGGCAGGUGAUUGCAUCCAAAAAGCAGGAAUACAAGCCCUCGGACAAAGAUGUUGUCCGGCUUUGCCAUCUUUCCGACUUCGACCUGUACCUACCGACCGAGGCUGAGAUGAGGAAGCAGCUUCGGCCACCCAAAAGGUACUGCUACGCCAUUAGAAGCCAGGAGAAAGCCACGUUAUUCAUUGAUUCCACCCACUACGUCCAUUUCUUCUGCACCGAAGAUCCGACCGUUGCGCGGCAAUUCCGCUCUGCCGUGCACGGCUGGCGCAGUUGGUACCUGGUGAACAAGAAACUGGGGUUACACGAGAAAAAGGAAUUGUCAUCUCCAAUCAGCCUCUCCAAAAGGGAUUACAGCUAUCGGAGCAGACCCUCAACCGAUCAAGGAUCCAGGGGUGACAAUGGUUCUAGGGGAAGACCCUCAUUAGACCAGGGUCCAUUGAUUCAGUCAAUCCCGUCCUCUCGGGACCACGUGGUGCUCGAUACGUCGGUUGGAGGGGUAAUCCCCCCAGUACCAGCCUUGCCAGAGUCUCGCCAGGAGAAAAAAGAGGAGGUUUUCGUGGCGACUGGGUUACUCGGUAAAGGGUACAACGAGCGCAAACAGGAAGUCUUGCGACGAAACGCCUCGACAAGACAUCGGCCAGGAACGUCGUCACCAGAUGAUGGCCCCUUUAUCGAUGGGCCUAGUCUCCUAAACAACCGCACCGCAGCCACUCCUACGUCCCCCACCCGCCCUCAGACAGGUGGAUCGGACGGUAGUCCUCGAGGCGCUUCCCCCGCUCAUCGGUUGGACCGCACGGGCUGGUUCCCCUCGGCCGUCCAACACUCGGCCGAGCAACACAGCACCCGCCCAGCGCCUCCCUUAUCCCGGAGGCCCAGCACCUCUUCGCACGGCCCAUCUCGUACCCGAUCUGUCCGCCAACGCGGCGAAGACCGCCAACGUGGCGAGGAACAUCAACCGCCGCUGCCCACGCAGAAGCUCCCUCCGCAACCCCUCAUCGACCUCACCCCGACCUUUGUCGAGCCCCCGCAAUGGAAUCGUGAGGGUCGCGGUCGCGGUGUGCGUGCGCCGCAGGGGAAACCCCUCGUUGAUCUCGCCACCGGGCACGUCCUCCCGCCCAGCACCGCCGCACGCCUUAGGGACGCGGGGCCGCCUAAGAACUUGCUACGCCGACCCGAUGCGGCGCCGGCAGCAGUAGCUUCGGGCGGCAGCGGAGGUGGCACGCUGAUGGACCAGUAUGAUUCGCAAAAAGCGGCCAGCCGGGGGGCGCAAGGGCGAACAAUUACCCUUGCUGAGGGUGUCAACCCUAUACAGGGGGGUCUGCUGGGGGACCUGGUGAGGCGGAACACGGUUAAGAGCAACGCUAGUGCCGGCCGUGGUGGGAGUAGGCCGGGCGUGCCUUCACCUGCGGCGGCGGCGGCGUAUAUGCAGUCGAGGGGUAAGGCGAUGGGCGUCGGAGACGGCGAGAGGGAGAAGCUCAGGGAGCGGCUCAGGAGUGGUGGGGAUGGCCGUGGACGUGGGGAGAUGGCGGUUAGGGAGAGGAGGGGGUAUUGAGGGGGAUGUUUCGUUUGUUUGUGUUACUCUGCUUCGUUUCGCUUCGAUUCGGCUCCUGGCGUAGCCUGUUGUGUUUUUGGCUGCUCUUCUCCCACGCUCAUGGCGUGGAUGCGGUGUUGGGGAAUGACGUUACGAACCGGUAUGACGAGUGGUCUCGAAAAAACAAGGGGAUCGGGCAAAACAUCUGGUUUCAGCGAUGUAUGGUU